UGCAAUAUUGAAAAAUGGUUCGCUACAAAGAAAGCAGGAAACCACAACCGUAUCUUUUGCUUUAUCACAAUUGUUUGUCUCUCUCCCUAGCUAGCUCUGAAAAUGGCAGACACCAAGAAAAAUGUCUUAGUGUGCACACAGCUUGAAUGCGAAACAGUGGAAGAAAUGUUAAGCUCCAUGGAGCAAGCAAAGGCUGAAGGUGCAGAUAUUGUAGAACUUUGCUUUCAUGCCAUGAAAUUCACUCACGUUUCUCAGGUUGACAACCUCCUCAACGAAAAAACUCUGCCCGCUAUACUUUCCUACAGGCUCAAUUCAUCCAACGAAGACUGCAAGAGUAAUUGCAUGCAAGUAUUGAAACGGGCUCUGGAUUUAGAGGUCGAAUUUGUGGAAAUGGACUAUGAGGUAGCUUCUGAUAAGAGCAUGAGCGAAUAUAUGCACAAUCGACCACAUAGCAAAGUAAUUGUGUCAAGCUACGUGAAUGGUGGCAAACCUUCGACAGAGAAACUUGGUGAUCUAAUUGCAUCCAUUCAGUCAAUCGGAGCAGCUGUUAUAAAACUUGAAAUUGCUGUGGACUUCAUCACGGAUUUGGCACCCAUUUUUCAGCUGCUUACUCAUUGCCAGGUACCAUUAAUAGUUUUGGCGGUGGGCAGUCGAGGUCUAAUAAGCCAGAUACUGGCUCCAAAAUUUGGUGGGUUUUUAGUGUAUGGAUCUCUGGCAGGCAAAUCAGUUGCGGGCUUACCUACUCUUGUCAGCCUUAGACAAGUGUAUAAGGUUGAAAAUGUGGACGCAGACACAAAAGUUUUUGGGCUCGUUUCAAAUCCAGUAGGCCAUAGUAAAGGCCCCAUUCUGCACAAUCCCACCUUCAGACAUACCAGAUAUAAUGGAAUUUAUGUUCCCAUGCUCGUUGAUGAUGUCAAAGAGUUUUUUAAAACCUAUACAGCAACUGACUUUGCGGGUUUCAGUGUUGGCAUUCCACAUAAGGAAGCAGCGGUGGCUUGCUGUGAUGAAGUUGAUCCACUGGCUAAGUCCAUAGGAGCUGUAAAUACCAUCAUAAGGAGGCCUACUGACCAGAAGUUGAUCGGUUACAACACAGAUUGUGAUGCUUCAAUUUCUGCAAUAGAGGAUGCUCUAAGAGGUAGCAUCUGAGAAAUU